AUGGAGACGGGACCCCAGACGGGUACACCCCCGUGCUCCCCUUCAUCCCAGCAGCCUGCGGUGAAGGAUGACUUCCAGUUUGUCCUCUGCGAGCGCUGCCGACAGGAAUCGCCCAACCUCAAGCUUCUCACCUGCCUCCACACCUUGUGCCUCGAUUGCCUGAGCGAGAACAAGCCCAUUGGGCAGUGCCCCAUAUGCCGGACGGCCAUCCCACAGGCCAGCGGCAUCCCCGACAUGGACAACCUGCUCUUCACCAACCUGCAGACCAGGCUCAACAUCUACAAGAAGCUCAGCAACAGCAGUGGCCUGAGCUGCAGUCGGUGCCGUAGCGAAACAGCGGCAGUGUGGUGCUCCGAGUGCGAGGAGUUCCUCUGCACCAAGUGCUUUGAAGACCACCAGUGGUUCUUCAAGAAGAGGAGCCAUGAGGCCAGAAGGGUGGAGGACCUUCGUGCUGAAUCAGCCCAUCAGUUCCUGGAAGACACCAGAAAGUCCUACAACCUUUUUUGCUCCAGUCCUGGUCACGCCGACCAGGGCCACAUCUCCAGCAUCUACUGCAGGAAGUGUGAGAAGCCCCUGUGCUGCUCGUGCGCGCUGCUGGACAGCCACCAUGCCCCCUUCUGCGACAUCCGCAGCGAGACCCAGCGCAGGCAGGAGGAGCUGGGCAUCAUGAGCCAGGAGCUGAAGCAGAAGAGAAGCAGCUUCGAGGCCACCUACGCGGCGCUGCAGGAUGAGGCCGUCCGGCUGGAGCAGGUGCAGCAGGAGAUGCGGGAGCUGAUCCGGCAGCGCGUGGAGCAGCUGGUGCGGCUGAUCCGGCAGGAGGAAGAGGAGCUGCUGGGGCUGGGGGAGGGGCAGCAGGAGCAGGGGCAGGAGGGGGCGCAGCCCGGGGACUUGGCCGAGUGCAGAGCCAGGCUGCAGGCGCUGGUGGAGCGCGUCACGGGGCAGCCAGGUACCAAUUCCCAAGCUGUCCCCAUGGUCGAGGUGGCCCUGGAGAACGACCAGCAAGAGGAGCCGGUCCAGCCCGAGAGCCAGAGCGUUUUGCCCACCUUCACCAUCAGCCUCGAGGAGAUGCACACGAGCCCGGCUCUCCCCGUCACCACAUGUCCCAAGCGGAGCUUGCACUGUGUGGAAAGGGGCAGUCAGAUGUCACCCAAGCUACUGAAGCUGGAGCACGACACCGUGCCGGCCCCCAGCGAUCCUAGUUCAAACCAGUGGGAUGACAGAAUGGGGCCCAGCACCUCCGUGCCGAGGCAGAACUGCAGGAGCGUCCCUGCUGCCGGCAGCCACACGGAUGAUGCAGAAGACACCAGCAUCAUCAUCUGCAGCUCGGAGGACAGCGAGGAAGACACGGCGGCUUCCAGCAAACCCAAUUACAGCAAGAAGCCCUCCAGCCCCAUGUGGUCUGCAAGUGGCACCUCUCCCUAUUACAACACUGGCCCCACCAGCCCCCGGGACGACGAGUUGGAGCUGAGCACCUUGGUGUUCCUCAGCUUGAAGGUUGACCAGAGAACCCAGUGCAUCAAGGAGGUAGCGGUGGCAAAUGGAGAGCACACCUUCAAGACGCUGAUUCAGACGCCCGAGUCGGUGCUGGCGCUGCUCUCCCAGGGCGUCUCCAUGGAGGUGGGGAUGCAGCACCUCCUCUGGUACCUCUCCCUGCUCCCCAGGCCCAUCCUCAUCGUCUAUAACUUCUGGGCUCUGGAGCUGCCCACUUUCUUUAAAGCCCUGGAUGCCAUGGGCAGGAAAGUGGACUUCUCCCACAUUGUGUGUGGUUACGUGGAUAUGUUGUCCUUGAUCAAAGAAAAGCUGCCCCAGGCCACUUCCUACAAGCUGAAGAACCUGCUGAGAAGGUACGUGCAGCAGCCUCUCCACGAGAGCAGCGCGCUGGCCACGGCCAAGGCCUUGCAGGAUCUUUGGCGAGCCCUGGAGCUCCCUGCCCACGCCGACGUGGGGAUGAUGCUCACCCACUGCAACCUGCAGAGCUACACCAUGCUGCGGCCCCUGGUGCAGGAGAAGCUGCUCACCAGGAGGGCGGCCAAGAUCCUGGCCCGGCGCAACCUCAUCUUCCAGGAGCUGAAAGAGGCGUGA